UUGGGGAGAAUCGUGCAUAUAUAGAGUGAUUUAAACAAAUUAUCCGUUGGAGUGGGUCCUAGUAACAAGAUUUUGGUGAUAACUUCAAAUUUUUAAUUUUUUAUGUCGUGUUAAAUUUUUUUUUUUUGGGUGUUAAAAACUAUUUUCAGCCUUUUGUCUGAUAUUAAAAUCCAAAAUAUCUUUUUUUUUUUUAUCGUUAAUAAAAAAACCAAAAUCAAAGUUAUAUAUGCACAACGAACGUGUCCAUUUUUUGUUUUAAAAAAAAAAAUGAAUUGUCCAUUUUUUUUGUUUUUUUUUGUUGGUAGCAGGGCCGGCUAAGGGCCUGUGUAAACGGACCCUUAGCACAGGGCCUCUGAAAUUUUAAAGGCCCAAAAUAUCGGAGCCCAUAUUAAAAAAAAAAAAAAAAAAAAAACUCUAUCUCUUUCUCCGCCUAUCUCUUUGCCGUCAAACAACUCCAUUAAUGCUCUGGUUUUCACAACAAAACAGUCUAGAUUCAUGCUCCCUUCAUUUAUGUUCCCAAGUUUGUAAUUCCUCUAAUUACUCCAUUAAUUCUGCAUCUCUAAUAAUACAAAUUUGUAAAAAAUUUCAUAUUUCAUUUACCUGUCACACCGUAUUACUUUCUUGUUUUUCCAGUAUUUCCUUAAAACUCUCACCUUCCAAGAUACCUCCUAAUUAAUUACUUUCCCUCAUCCCAUUAAUCUUGCAAUUCCAAGAAGUGCAAUAGUUUCUAAUCUUCAAUCUUCCUCUAAAAUUUUCCUUAAAUUCCUUAAAUACUUUAUUACUUUCUAAUCUUCAAUCUUCCUCUAAAAUUUUCCUACUUUCUCAUUCAAUUUUUUGUUUUUCCCCCAAAUUUUAAAUUUUCCAAAUUAAAUGUUAUACCUUCUAUCAACUACAACAAGUAUGAAGAAAUUGAUUUCAAUGGGGAAAUUAAGUUCGUUUUUUCCACAAUUAAACCCCUUAAUUUUAGUUUAUCAAACAGCUAAUUUUGUUGCCCUCUAUAAAUUUUGUUUCAAUCUCCUAUCUUUUUCAGAUUUGAGAAUUAAAAAAAAAAUUAAAUUUUAUAGUGAUAAUAAUAAAUUGGGUAUAAGGGUUAAGUGGUUAAGUAGUUAACAAGAACUCAAGAAGAGCAAAGGAAAGAGGCAAAUUGUCAAUUGUCAUGGUCCCUCAUGGAGUUCCGGCAAGGCGCAAUUAAUCAAUUAUAGAGGUCAUUCAAAGACGGCCCAUUUAACAGAGUUGUCGCAAGCCAGGUUGUUUCAAUCCUUUUCUAUUUUUUGCAUUUUUAUUUAUUAGAUUAAAUUGCAUAAUUUGUUGUUUUUUGUAAUUUUGUUAAUUUUUUGACUAUUUGUUUAAUUACUACAUAUUAUUGCAAUUUUUAUUUUAUUUUUAGAUUUUAAUUAUGCCUCCUAAAAGAAAGUAUCUGUCCGGUUAUGAUAAACGUAUGAAAAAGAAAAAAUUGGAAGAGUUAACUCAAUCUCAAAGCGGGGCUCUUGACAAUUUUUUAUUAAAAAAACCGCAAAUUGUAGAUGAAAAUCCAAAUGUUGUUGAUGUUAAUGCUGAAAUUUUUGAAAAAAUGGUUGUUAAUGAAAAUAUUAAUUCGGAUAAUCAAAGUGUUGAUGUUAAUGUGCCUGCCUCUGAAAAUAAAAAUGUGGAUGAUCAAUAUGUUGAUGUUAAUGAUGAUGAUGGUGAGGAUUUGGAUAAUUUGUUUCAUAGAGAGGAAAAUGAUAAUUAUAAUGAACAGCAACCAGACCAAUAUGAAUAUUCUUUUGAUAUAUUUGAUCCAAGAAAUUAGGAUGCUCUUGAAUCGAAAAUGAUUGAUUUAGUAGUGACAAAAGGCCCUAAAAGAGAUUAUUCCAUUGUAAAGGGUCCUAAAGAUAAAUUCUCUAGACGCUUUACGGCUAAUUUAUAUACUAGAGUUUUAUCUAAUGGAGAGAAAUGUGAUAGAGAUUGGCUUGUUUAUUCAAAAGAACUUGAUAGAGUAUUUUGUUUUUGUUGUAAAAUUUUUAAAAAAGGAAUUGGUAGAGGACAGUUAGCUAAUGAUGGUUUUAGUGAUUAGGCACAUAUUGGUGAGAGACUUAAAGAGCAUGAAACGGGUAUUGAACAUGUUAAGAAUAUGUCUACUUGGUAUGAGUUGCGUUUAAGGCUCCAAAAGAAUGAAACCAUUGAUAAAACGGCUCAAAGACUAAUUGAGAAAGAAAAGGAUCACUGGAAAAAUGUUUUAAACAGACUUAUUUCAAUAGUGAAAUUCCUUGCUAAACAUAGCCUUGCUUUUCGUGGUUCUAAUGAGAAAUUGUAUCAAAAUAGCAAUGGUAAUUUUUUAGGUUUGAUUGAAAUGUUGGCCGAGUUUGAUCCAAUUAUGCAAGAGCAUGUUAAACGUAUCACAAAUGAUGAGAUUCACUUUCAUUAUCUUGGGCAUAGCAUCCAAAAUGAGCUAAUACUUUUGCUUGCUUUUGCAAUUAAAUCUGAAAUUUUAAAAAAUAUUAAACAAGCAAAGUAUUUCUCUGUGAUACUUGAUUGUACUCCUGAUAUUAGUCACCAAGAACAAAUGUCUUUAAUAAUAAGAUAUGUGGAUGUCUCUACAAAUUCUGUUAGUAUUGAAGAAUCUUUUCUAGGAUUCUUGAAUGUGAAUGAUACAACUGGUCAAGGACUUUUUGAUGUUUUACAAAAUGAAUUGAAAAAUCUUGAUCUUGACAUAUUUGAUGUACGAGGACAAGGUUAUGAUAAUGGGUCAAAUAUGAAAGGAAGGCAUCAAGGUGUACAAAAGAAACUUUUAGAUAUAAAUUCGAGAGCCUUUUAUACUCCUUGUGGUUGUCAUAGUCUUAAUUUGACAUUGUGUGAUAUGGCUUACUCUUGCAAUAAAGCUAAAGAUUUUUUUGGAGUUGUACAACGUAUUUAUACAAUUUUUGCUAAAUCUACUAAGAGAUGGCAAAUUCUGAAAGAUAAUGUAAAAUUGUUAACUCUGAAAUCUUUGUCAUCCACUCGUUGGGAGAGUCAUAUAGAUAGUGUCAAAGCUAUAAAAUGUCAAAUGUCAGAUUUUAGAGAAGCUUUGCUUGAAGUGUCAGACAAGGAUUCUGACUCUAAAAUAUGUAAUGAAGCUAAAUCCUUGGCAACAAAUGAGCUAGGUGAUUUUGAGUUUUUAGUGUCAAUAAUUAUAUGGUUUGAGGUAUUGUCUGCGAUUAAUAUGGUUAGCAAGCUUUUGCAAUCAAAUAAUAUGGUUAUUGAUGUUGCUAUGGAAAAAAUAAAGGAGUUGAUUUCAUACUUUGAAGGAUAUAGAGAUACUGGAUUUUAUAUUGCCUUGAAUAAUGCUAAAGAAAUUGCUAAUGAAAUGAAUAUUGAUCCAGUAUUUCCUCAAAGGCGUGUUAUUCGAAGAAAAAAACAAUUCGAUGAGAAUUUAAAUACCCCUUCAGUUGAGUUAUUAGGGGAAGAAUCUUUUAGAGUAAAUUUUUUUCUUAUCCUUGUUGACCAAGCUAUUGUUUCUCUUAAUAAAAGAUUUGAGCAAUAUUAAGAAUAUGAAAGUAUAUUUGGUUUCAUGUUUACUUCUGAAAAGUUAGAAUCAUUAGAUGAUAUAUCUUUGAAGUCAAGUUGUAGUCAUUUUGAGCAAGCAUUAACACAUAAUGAGCAAUCUGAUGUUGAUGGACAUGAACUAUAUGUGGAGUUAAAGUUAUUAAGAGAUAUCUUGCCUGCAAAAAAAAUGGGAGCUAUUGAUAUAUUAAAAUUUUUGAAAGGCGUAGAUUGUUUUCCUAAUACAAUGAUUGCAUACAGGAUCUUAUUGACUAUUCCUGUAACAGUUGCUUCUGCAGAAAGAAGUUUCUCAAAGUUGAAGUUGUUGAAAUCUUAUUUGCGGUCUACCAUGUUACAAGAACGACUUAAUGGAUUGGCAUUAAUCGCAAUUGAAAAUGAUCUUUUGGAGAAGGUGGAAUAUAAAGACAUGGUUGAUGAAUUUGCUUCAAAAAAAUGCUAGAAGAUUAGCUCUAUUUAAAUAGUUUAAAUUUUUGAUAAUUGAGAUUGUAUUAGGAUAUUAAGCAUAUUAUUUAUCAUUUAAAUAAAGUUUGAGUAUGUGUUUCGUUUAAAAAUGUUGUUAUAAUAUUAUAAUAUAUAGAGUCAUAGAGAUAAUUUCGGCAUUUUUUUUAUUAGGGCCCAAUUUCAAAGUUUAGAAUAGGGCCCCCAAAAUGAUUAAGACGGCCCUGGUUGGUAGGUAAGAUGAAGGGUCCUACCUGAUCGAAACCCCUCACAGGUCAAUCUUGCCCAUGUUAACGGACUAGACAAUUUGGAAGAGCGGGAAAAAGGUAAGGAAAUUCCACCCUAAGAAGUACUAAUUUUGGUACAGUUGUGGUUUACUUUAUAAAGGUCAAAACUCGUGUAGAAGGUUGACUGUUAGUUGGAGGAGUACAGUGCACCACCAAACCCAGCAUGAAGAUCAUCAUCAACUCCCCAUCUUCUUCACCUUCUCCCUCUUUUAUCUUCAUUUUUCUGCGCCUUCUUUCCAAUUUCGUACUUCUACUUAUAACUCUUCAAGCUUUCAAGCUCAAACAUCCCCAGAAUACAAUUCAGCCCCUGAAAACGGGCAAUACAAUCUUUUGAUUCAUACUCCCAACAAAAAGACAUGCUGAGUUUAUUUGGAGCCCUGAAUUCAGAACCAGCAAAUUUUGAAUGAACUUUACCAUUGAUGGACUUGUCUUGAGCUCUUGACUGAAAUGAAGCUGCUGAUGCAUACACAAACUAUUCUUCAGCUGGAGGUCCAAAUUUGUAGCCUGUCUGUACUUCUGUAGUCACUUUACUGUAUAUAGUUGGGAAUGGAGGUAAAAGAGAUAGACCGAGUAGUCAUAACAAAGCCAGUAGCUUCAAGGCCAUCUUGUACUGGCUUUAGAUCUUUCUCUAAACUUCAUUCUGGUGUUGUCAAUGCAUCACCACCACGUACGAAUGCUAUCUCUGAAAUGGCAGUUGCUGCUAUUAAACCCAAAACAGUGAGGGUAAAGUCCACAAUCAAUCAGUCUCCACAUGCCAAAGAAAUUCAGGUGGACACUUCCAGAGGAGCUCCUUAUUCUUCAUCUGAUAACAUAUCCAGAGUCCCUGAUCGGUCCACCGUCUUCAAACCACUAGCAAAGGUUGUCUCCAAGGCAACUGUUUCCAUUUUGCUCAGUAUGGUAGAUGUGUCUGCACGGCAGAAAAAGCUACAUUUAUUCUCAAGUCAGCAUUCAAGUAAUCUGCCACGAGUUGGAUUAUCUGAAUCAGCUAAGUCUCCUUCAAUGGCACAACAAAUGGUAGAGGGAGAGCCCCAAAUGAUGACAUCUUCGAUAGCUGGUGCUGAUCGACCCUCUUGUGAUGGGUAUAAUUGGAGAAAAUAUGGCCAAAAACAAGUCAAGGGUAGUGAGUAUCCAAGAAGUUAUUAUAAAUGUACACAUCUGAAAUGCCCAGUGAAAAAAAAGAUUGAGAGGUCAUUAGAUGGGCAGAUAACAGAAAUUGUCUAUAAAGGAGAGCAUAACCAUCCGAAGCCAGAUCAUGCCAAGCGCAGCUCAUCUGGAGUACAUGGACAGGAAUUGUUUGCUGGGACUAAUCAAGAUCCCAAUAUUAGUGACCCCAAGUUGCAUGAUAAUGUUUGUGAGAAAAAUGAAGGUUUUGAGAGACAGAUGAGUAAUGAAAAUGGAAUGCAAUUGUCCAAGCAGUCUACGUUUCCUGGAAUUGUUGCCCCAGUAUGCCAUCCUGUUGAUGCAGAAAAGAACAUUCCUAGUGACAAGACUGUUGUGGAUUCAGCUGGACUUGGUGGGGGUUGUGAAGAAUCGACCAAGGGAUUAAAGGCCAAUGGUGGUAGAAUAAAAAACAAGAGAAGGAAACAGGAUGUUCAAAACAGUGAAGCUGGAAAAUCAGGUGAAGGUGUACAAGAGCCUUGUAUCUGGGUGCAUAACAUCAACGAGCCUGAAAUCAUGGGCGAUGGCUUUCGCUGGAGAAAAUAUGGGCAGAAGGUAGUGAAAGGGAGUCCAUACCCCAGAAGCUACUACCGCUGCACCAGUGUCAAAUGCAAUGUACGGAAGUAUGUAGAAAGAGCAUUGGACGAUUCUAGAGCGUUCAUCACAACAUAUGAGGGAAGGCAUAACCAUGAGAUGCCGAUGAAGAUCAUGAAUCUUUCAGCAGUUCUAGAGCAGGAGACUCAAGCCCCAGCUGGUAGAGAGAUAAGGUAAUUCUACUUCUAUUGGAGGGUGGUGGAAUCAUAGCCUGCUGCAACUCAUCAUCAGGAAGCGGUCGUUGGUACUCUAUCUUGCUGAUAUCUUCAAGCAAUAAUUUCAGCUUUCUUGUUCAAUUUCGAUUCUGAUUUUAUGCCUUGUGCACUUAGUAUACUUUUCUAAAUAUAAAUGUGUUUUUCUGUUAGUAUUUGUCGUUAGUCCCUAGUGUGUUAUCUUCAUGUUCUGCUAAUGGGAACAGUUACUAAUCAGUUGUGAUAUAUCUCAUUCUUCUUUUGUGUUUUCAUCUGAGUAAAGUUGAAGAUGAUGAUAAGGAUGCGGAGGAAA